AAUCAGAAAAAACAUUAUAUAUAUUAACAUCAUUCAAAAAAAAUCUAUUCACAAUUUGCAGUUUAUAUUCAACUAAUUUUUAGUUUUUACUUCCUUUGUACCGUUUUCUCAGGCCAGCCCUACUUUAUUUAUUAUCAGUAAACCUUCCCUUUUAGCUUUUUUUUUAUCAACAAAAUAAAUAUUUCUGAUUUUUGGUGGAGAAAUUUAUGAAAAAAUAAAUAAAGAAUCUUGGGAAUCUAAAAGAGUUAACUUUUUCCAUUGUGUAAUAAUGAAUCAUGCGAUAUAACACGACAAUGAAGUAAAAGUGUAUCUAUCCUCUUCACUUUUCCAUUUUCCUCUCUCAGUCUUGGGAGUAAAGAAAUUUCUUCUUGUCAAGAAAAAAAUGAGGAACACGCCUACUACUCGGAGAUCAUCGGUUCGAAUCACGUCGGCAGCAUCUCAACGCCGUCUAACACCGGAGCCAGAACCGGCGGUGAAAAAAUUCAUCAAGAUUAUUAAUCUUUCAACUAUCAAGGAAAAAAUGAUGAAAAUUCCGGAGAGAUUUGUAAGAUUAGGUCCCAAACUCACUGACAAUGUGACUCUCGAGACUCCUGUGGGUUUCAAGCGUUCGAUUGGGAUCAAACGGAUUGGUAAUGAGGUCUGGUUUGAGAAAGGUUGGAGUGAGUUUGCUGAGGCUCAUUCUUUGAGUGAAGGUCAUUUUCUGUUUUUUCAUUACAAAGGGAAGUCUAGUUUUAGUGUUGUGAUCUUUGAUGUGACUGCUUCUGAGAUUGAGUAUCCAUUGGACAAAGUUUAUGUCAUUGAAAGUGAUGAUGAUGAUAAAGAAGAAGUGAUGGAAGUUAUGGAUGAUGAUGAUGAACAAGGGUUUGCUGGAUUUGAAAGUAGUGAGAGUGAAGGAGUGAUUGAAUUGGAUGAAUUGUUGAAGAACAAGAAGAGGAUACAAAGAGUCAGCGUUAAGUCUGAGAAAUUUGCAUCAUUUUGAUGAUGUUGAAGAGGUUGAUUGAAUGUUAAAGCAGAUAAAGGCAGUCACGAGGAGGUAUAUAAGUGAAGGUUUUACAAGUUUGUGACAUGUUUUCCUAACAAAGAUCUCUGCGGUUUCUAAGCUCUUGACAGUAGUUAUCGGUUUGGAAUCUUGAUUGUGGUUACCCCUUUUGUGUAAUAUUAUUAUGUGUGUAGUGGAAAAUGCUUGCCCUUUCUGAAUCUGGCAGAAGCUUUAGCUUAAUCGUUUGUAAGAACUCGGCUAACUUUUGAGAUCCUUUUGUGUAAUAUAAGGUAUAUGUAAAAUUAA